AUGGACUCCCCAGAAAACCGAUCUGCGCUGGUCGGCCCAAGAGCCUGCGCCCGACUUGGCAAGUCGCUCCCUGUACUCAGUACCUUAGUUGACCUCUGUGCCCGCCCCCAGCCGACGCUGUGCCAGCGCCAGCGCCUGCGGCCUGAGGAUGACGACGCCCAGGUUCGCUUUUCGGCCAGGCCCCAACGCCAGGCGCCGAGCGGUGAUGGCAGCUGCCUCACCAGGAGGCACCUGUCGGCUCCCGUGGGCGGAUAUUCGCUGUUUGUCUGGGACAUUCAAUUUUCCAAAACAAACGCUGAGGAGGGCUUCCGCCGCGAAGGCGGGAGAGCGAGAGCUUGA